CCAUGGUGGGCCUCAAGGAGGAGCUGCUGAAGUCCAUUUGGCACGCCUUCACCGCCCUCGACCUCGACCGCAGCGGGAAGGUCUCCAAGUCCCAGCUCAAGGUCCUUUCUCACAACUUGUGCACAGUCUUAAAUGUUCCCCAUGACCCGGUGGCCUUGGAAGAACACUUUAGAGAUGAUGAUGAAGGACCGGUUUCCAAUCAGGGUUACAUGCCUUAUCUAAACAAAUUCAUCUUGGAAAGGGUCCAAGGAAACUUUGACAAAGUUGAAUUCAACAGGAUGUGCUGGACUCUCUGUGCUAAAAAGAACCUCUCUAAAAGUCCUUUGCUGAUUAGUGAUGAAGAUGCAUUUAAAGUGUGGGUUAUUUUUAACUUCUUAUCAGAGGACAAAUACCCUUUAAUCAUUGUACCUGAGGAGAUUGAAUAUUUACUUAAAAAACUCACCGAAGCAAUGGGAGCAGGCUGGCAGCAAGAGCAGUUUGACCAUUAUAAGAUUGCUCUCAACACCAGUCGAGAAGGUCUUUCUGCAUGGGAGCUGAUUGAUCUCAUUGGAAGCGGGCAGUUUAGUAAAGGGAUGGACCGACAGACGGUGUCCAUGGCAAUCAAUGAAGUCUUUAAUGAGCUCAUAUUAGAUGUACUCAAACAGGGCUAUAUGUUGAAAAAAGGUCACAAAAGGAAAAACUGGACGGAACGAUGGUUUGUGCUAAAACCCAAUAUUAUUUCCUACUAUGUAAGUGAAGAUUUAAAGGACAAGAAGGGAGACAUCAUACUGGAUGGCAACUGUUGUGUAGAGGCCUUGCCUGACAAAGAUGGAAAGAAAUGCCUUUUUCUCAUAAAAUGUCUUGAUAAAAGCUUUGAGAUCAGUGCCUCUGAUAAAAAGAAGAAGCAGGAGUGGAUUCAAGCCAUACAGACCACUGUAAACCUGCUGAGAGCAGGGAGCCCUCCACCCCACAAAGAAGCACGCCAAAAACGAAAAGAAUUGCGCCAGAAGCUGUUAGCUGAGCAAGAAGAGCUGGAGCGGCAGAUGAAAGAACUGCAAACAGCUAAUGAGAACAAGCAGAAGGAACUGGAGACUGUGCGAAAGCAACUGGAAGCAGCAGCUGCUCGUGCUGCUGAGGAAGAGAAAAAAAGACUUCAGACUCAAGUUGAACUACAAGAUCGCUUCAGUUUGGAGCUGGAGAGAGAAAAAAUGGUAAGACAAAAAAUGGAAGAGCAGGUUGCUCAGAAAUCAUCUGAACUGGAACAGUAUUUACAGAGAGUACGUGAGCUGGAAGAAAUGUAUAAACAGCUACAGGAAGCUUUGGAGGAUGAGAAACAGGCACGUCAAGAUGAAGAGACUGUAAGGAAACUUCAAGCCAGAUUACUGGAAGAGGAGUCAGCAAAGAGAGCUGAACUGGAAAAAUGGCACUUGCAGCAGCAACAGACCAUUCAGAUGACAGAAGCAGAGAAGCAAGAGCUAGAAAACCAGAGAAUGAUAAAGGAACAGGCUCUUCAAGUUGCUAUGCAGCAACUGGAGCAACUUGAACUGGAAAGGAAGGAGGCCCUUGAGCAAUAUGAGGAGGUUAAGAAGAAGUUGGAAAUGGCAGCUAAUAACACCAAGAGUUGGAAAGAUAAAGUAGCUCAUCAUGAGGGAUUAAUUCGACUAAUAGAGCCAGGCUCUAAGAAUCCUCACUUAAUCACAAACUGGGGCCCGGCUGCCUUCACUGAAGCUGAACUCGAGCAAAGACAAAAAAGCUGGAAAGGGAAAAAAGCCACUUCUGAGUAACGACGGUAGCUGAUGUACUGUUUAUGAAUAGAAGCCCACCUUCAUUUGUUCUGCUUUGCACAGAGCAGCUUCUCGCUUAUAAAGAUCUUAGUUUGCUCAGCAGGUUGGGCCUUUCUACAAAGAAAAUACUGGUUACCACAUAGGAAUGUCUACUCAGAGCUCAGUAAUUACAAUAUGUGGUGUCUGACAGUUCUUGCUGUUCUCCCUCAUGCUUCCAGAAACUCUGUUCUUUUAUACAAAACUUUUCAACUGAAGAUUUUUAUUUAAAUGUAGCUUGUGACAGAGUUGUUUCUAUACUAGCCUGUAACAAUCUGACAGCAUCUAACCGAUCAAGCAGCAUCAUUUUCAUUCCAAAAAGUGAGGGAAGCAAUUGUUUCAUUGGUUCAGUUAGUAUAAUUUAAACCCAGGAUAAGUCAGUCCUGUAGGUUCUGUCCAACUCUGAGAUAGAGCAUUACCUUUCCUUCCAUUGAGUCUCCUUUUAUUUUUGCUCUGUCCAUCUGUUGCUCUUAGCACGGUGCUUAGCGCUCAGACACAUUCUUCCUUAGCGAGGGUAGACUGGUAUCACUGGGUACCUGCUGGCCGGCUGGAUUUUGGUGUCCUGUUUUCCUCUGUUUGCAGGAAUCCAAACAAAAGAACUGGAAGUAGGCAUGUACAAAAUGCUGCCGUAAAACAUUUGGAAAAAGUAGUCGUGCAAGAUUGUUCUUGUACUGUCUCAUACUUGAGAAGUGUAAAAAAAACCUUGAGAGUUCUCUUCAUAGUUUAAAAGACGCACAGUUUUGACUUACAGAUUUCUGGAGCAGAUGAAUGGAAGAUGAUGUCACAUACAGGCCAAAUAUCAUUUGCAUCAAGGGGAAGAAAUCUGAUUAUAACAUACCACCGUUUUAGAUGCAGCACUUUUGUCUUAUUCUUAAUUGGAUGCCAGAUUAAAAGAAUUCAAGAGGAAAACUAAAUUUGACAUUUUUGUUUUAGAUAAAAAUGAUAAAUGUGUAGCAAUACUGCUUUAGAAAAAAAUAAUUCCUGUCAGUAAAAUAAUUUCAGUGUUUCUAGUAACAAGGCUUCCCAAAGAGCCUACUGCUCUGCCUCAAAAUUCUCUGCAGGGACAAAGCCAGUUAUUUCUGUUUCUGUAGGGAAAAGGAACAAGUCUGUGAUUUUGCUUUGUACAUCUCCCACACCAGACAAGAAGUCAAUCUAUUGCUAAGUAAAAUAGUAUUCUUGCUAAAUUGUACAGAUAUUUUGAGAACUAAGUCAGUCCCCCCUCCCAAAGAGGGGGGCCCAUUGGUGUGGCUUGUUAGUCAGCUUUGACCUUUGUAUGCACACCGAACGUGGACAUCCAUCUCUUAGCACCUGCUUUUUAGUUCAGCUAAAUGUUAAAUUAUUUUUAGUAAAUAAGCGGUGAAUGUUUCAGACGGAUAACCAGUGCAUUUGUGUACAGCAUUGUGAUACUUGGAUAGCAGAAGCUGUACAGAAGUGAUCUUCAGAUUUGGAAGUCAAUAGCAUUUUAUUUGCCUAUUAACUAAGACUCACUCAAAUACUGAAUCUUCUCAGACAUUUAUUCUCUGGUUAUAUUUUUAUACUAAUUGAAAUCUUUAAUGUUUCAGUAAAUGGAGUGCUGAGUAGAAUGGCAGGAAAAUCCUAUUUGUAUUUACUGUACAGGAAAGCAGUAGUUCCUUAAGCUUGCUAACAAGGCAUUUUUUAAAUUGAUUAUGUUUACAGAAGAAAUGUGAAAAAAAAAGUAAUAGAAAUACUAAUGUAUACAUUGUUAAACUUUGCUAAAGGAGGUGGAACAUUAUUUAUAACUACCAAACAUCUUUUAUGUGGAGCGCAAAAGGUGUAGUGCGGCUAAACUUGUUUAAUUUUUCUAACAGUCUGUAUUUUGGACAAAUGUUUUUUAAGAACACCAAAUGAUGCAUGUUUUCAUAUUUUUUACUGUUCUUUAGAAUUGGCUAUUUAAUAAAGUAAUACAAAGUCAUUUACAUUGCUGAAUUA